GGACUGUAAUCUUUUGGGGAUGCUGAAUGUUAACCCUUUAUAACACACAGUGACUGGAUAGAAGCGUCUUUUGUCCUUGCAUCCCAUUAGUAGUUGUGGCACUUGCAAGUGAUUUAUUCCCGGUGCUGGAAGGCUGUAGAUAAGCUGCUGCGGCUGCUGCAUACAUUUCCGAGGUGCAGUAGCAAUAAUGACAUGCUGUGGCAUUCUGUGGCAUGCUGUGGCAGUGUAUGUGGGUCUGUAGGUCCUUCGCCAUCAGGCUGACUCGCCAGGCACAGUGCCCCAGUAUUCCCCCUGUGUGGCGCCCACAUAUCCGAAGCUGCCGCUACAUUCACAUUCAUUCGAGCAAUGAUCAACCUGACUGAGCCCAAGGUCACUGGAAGAGGAAACCCUAAGAACGGAUUGACAGCCUCCCCAGCAGCAGUGGCACUAACAGCAGCUUGCUGGGGGCUGCAGCUUUUCAUUCCUCAGUCAGUCCCCCUCCCAAAAGACUCAUCAAGAUGUGAGGCUGCUAGUGACACUUCCAAAGAGUGCCUGCUGCAGUGUGUCUGCUCCCCCCGUACUCACAGGAGCCGAGGAUGGUGCAGUGCUUAGUGGAGAGGUCCCUGCUGCUCAGGGCAGUGCUGCUAUGGGCUGAGCUGCUGCAGGAGUCCCAGGCUGGCUGGAGCUGUGGGGAUCUGCUGUGCGGAGACAAGGAGGGCUGCUGUGUGUUCGGGAAUGUCAGCCACACGGAGAUUAAAUGCUGCAAACUGCCCUUCCACACUUUCCUGGACAAUGUGGGCUGGUUUGUCAGGAAGCUGUCGGGGCUUCUCAUCCUGCUGGUGCUGUUUGCCAUCGGCUACUUCUUGCAGCGGAUGAUUUGCCCCAGCCCUCGCAGGUACAGCCGGCAGCCCCAGCGAACUCCGAGUGCCCCCGGGCUACUGAAUGAGACCAGCUCGCAAGACUCUCUCAUAGACAGUGUCCGACACUUGCCCGAGCAUGAGCUUCACAUCAUCUCCUCGCCUAUUUUCCUUCAGCUCCCAAGCUAUGAGGAGGUCAAGUACUUGCCCACCUAUGAGGAGUCCAUGAGACCCAACCAAGUGAUCCUGCCCGUGUCCCAGAUACCUGCCCAGGCACAUGAGGAUCCCAGGCCAGGACCCCAACCCGCCUUCUGAAACUGCUGGAACGGCUUAGGGUGAAACAAUGACUUCAAACACAGCAGUUCACCCCAUAUUUGCUACCAGUCAGUCCUGCCUUCCCUCCUACCCUAAUAACAAUCCCGAGUCUGUUCCAGCACCUCACUGGCAUCUCCUCUGCCCCCAUCUCAGCCCUCAGCCCUUCCCGGCUGCACUAUUUACCUGUCCUGCUAAGCACAUUCAUAUUCCUCUCUUUCCAUUAACCACUUUAGCAUCUGACGCGUCAAAUCGCUAAUGUACAAGCGCCAAUUCCCCAUGUUUCUGUGGAGCACUGACUGCCUGUGUCGGGGCUGCAAUGAGCAGCAGGUAUUUCAGCUCUCUCUGUUCUGAAGGGAGAAUUCCAGCAGCAAUAUUCAAGCAGAACUUUUAUCAUUUAUGUAGAUCAGUUUUGCUGGGUUCUUACUAUAGAGUGUGUCUUUCCAACCUGGAGUAGUGAGGGCAGGCUGGGGGUUGCAGUACUACAAUACAAGAGAGCUGCAGGUUGGACAGCCAUGCUAGGAUGGAGAGCAGUCUAUUUCCCAAGACUGGGUUAAAGCACAACUAUCCUGCUGCCCUUCUAAUGGUUAUUCCACUAUGUUGUAUUAUCCUUUAUUUAUCAUUGUGUUGAUAGUUCCCAUAGUUCAUUCAGUGUAUUGCUAGAUACAUUGUUCUGUAAUGGUAUAUAAUCACCUUCUAAACCAAGAAUUUCCAAGUUGUUACCUACUGAAUUGAACUGCACUACUACAUUUAAUUUGGACUUUAACCACUUUCCACACCACACUGUACCAAUCUUAUAGAACCUUGCUUGCACUUUCCAUAUCUGGUUUAAUAUUACAGGAUGAGUUCUCCCCAAGUUCUCUUCCACCAACAACCAUGCUGCCAUAAAGCAGUAAGAUACCACAUAGCCUGUAUUUUGACUUGGAUGUCACAAUCUGCUUCCCAUCAUCAGAAAGAAUCCUUCAUCAGGAGUAAUGCAUCUUGAUCCUUUAUUGGGCAAUCAAUAAACUCCUAGGUAUCACUUGCUAGAAAACUCUUGGAAUCACAUUCCCAGCUCUGGAUACAAAAGCAAUGAAAUCUCAUACAUCUCAUUUACAUCUUGUUUGGUAUGUAUAAGCAUUUAUCUCAAGUGCCUGAGAAUAGGAUAUUCUUUCAGCUGAACACAUUAACCACUUAACCUUUGUUCAGGCCAGAAGGAAUCUGACAGCUAAGGCCACUGUGCAAGUUGGAAGGCACCGAGGAUGCGGCAACUCCAAUCGCACACUGUGACUUCAAGGUGGGAAACUCCUGCACACCCAAAAUAUAAGGGUCUUCUUUUUAACAUGAAUAUCAAGCCAUAGACAUUGCCAGGUGCUUGACUAACAGCUGUGAUAGAUUUAGAAUGAAUAACAUGUCCCUACUUUAUAAAAUCAUCAUUUUUAUAAGUUGUGCUUUGGCUCUGUG